AUAUAUCAUCCUAUAUCACCACCAUCAUUUUUAAAUCAAUCCUAAAUAUAUAAAAGUCAUAACUUUUGAAACCCGUUUCUCUACAAACAUACCUGAACACCACCGCUCUUGAACGUCUCCCGCAGCACUGGACGUGUAAACGUAAGGCGGAGGGAGAGGUCAGAGCAUUCGUCACACAUCGUCCAUUGAUAAGCUUCAGCCCUGACUGAGCUCUGUGUGUGUCAGAGUCUGAGGAUGAAGAUCGCCGUGCUGGGAGCCACUGGGCAGACUGGACAGUAUCUGGUCAACCAGGCGCUGCAGCAGGGUCACAUGGUCACUGCCAUCGUCAGGAACCCGGCAAAACUCACCGUGCAUCAUGAUAAUCUCAAGGUGGUGGAAGCUGAUAUUUUCUCAGCAGACAGUCUGACAACUCACUUCAAAGGACAGGAUGUGAUCAUGUCCUGCCUCGGAUUCUCCUUCUCCUUCUUCUCGACAGUGACGGGCUACACCCUGUCCAUGAACAGCAUGAUCAGCGCCAUGCGGGAGGCCCGGGUCAACAAGAUCAUCACCAUGACCUCCUGGUACACAGAGCCUAACUCUGGAGCACAGUCACCUUAUCUCAUCCGGUUCAUCCUGCUGCCGAUGAUCCGAAGUGUCCUCACCAACAUGCAUGAGAUGGAGCAGUUUCUGCACAAGUCCGAGGACAUCAACUGGACUGUGGUUCGCCCGCCUGGCCUGAAGAACCUGCAGGCCUCAGCUCUGGAGUUUAUGACCCAUGAGGGAUACUUUGUGCCCGACGGCAGUGGUUACCCAGUAGGCAGCGCAGUGGGAAGAGGAGACGUGGCUCGCUUCAUGCUCUCUCUACUCAACAGCAACGCCUGGGUCAAGAAGGGAGUCGCCAUCACUACCAAAUGAGAAAGAAGAAGCUAGUGUUGGCAUUAUUAAACAGUCUGUUCACCCAAAGUACACAAUAUAUUUGCUAACCAAUCUCUGGUGGUAUCUAGCCAUUUUUCUUAAAUUGUCUCGUUGUGAAAUAUCAGCCUUUGAGAUUUUUGCCUCUACCCCAAUGCAACGGAGGUAAAUGGAAGUUUUUGUUUUGAAUUUACAGUCAACAACUUUACUGUUUAUUCCCAGCAGCAGAAAUGACAGAAAUGGAUCUCUCGAGCCAAAACUGUCUUAAUUGUGAGAUGCUACCACAGCCAAGGAAGGAAAUUUGUUAUUUUGUCAUUUCAGUGAGCUGGCGCUUUUUAACAAAAUGUACAGUCUACUUCCUGCCUUCAAAAUAUACGGUAUACAUGCCUUGUAUAGUUUAAUGUGUCUGAUGAGUUUCUUUUUAUGCACCGUGUAUUCACAUGAGUACUUUAGAACCAAAUGUGUACUGUAUCAGUUCUGUGAAAUAAACAUACAAUAAUGA